AUGGAGCAAGAAAAAUUUGAAUACAUUGAUGGAUAUCGAUCAUGUUGCAAAUAUCAUUUCAAUGGAAAUGUUAACAUUAUUCUUUCAGCACCACAUGGUGGAAGUUUAAUGCUUGAUAAUGUACCCGAUCGAACAUACAUUGUUGACAAUCGAUCGUCACAUAUAAAUGACAAUUGCCAUGAUGAACAGCGUGGCAAAAUAACUGUAGUAAAAGAUAGUCGUACAGAUGAAUUUACUGAGAAUAUAGCAAAUGAAUUGAAUAGAAAGGGAAAUUUAAAACCUUUUAUUAUUAUUGGGCAAUGGCAUCGUAAAAAAGUCGAUUUCAAUCGAGAAAUUCUUGAAGCUACAUUAAAUCAUUCUGAAGUCAUACCUGCAUAUGAAAAUUAUCAUAUGAAUUUAAAUAAUGCAGUUAAUCAAGUAAAUCAUUCUUUUGGUAAAGGUCUUCUUGUUGAUAUUCAUGGACAUGCUCAAGGAAAUUAUUCGAUGAUUGGGUAUAUGCUAUCAAGUGAUCAAUUAAAUCGAAAUGAUUUAUCAGGUUCAUCAUUUAGAACAUCUAUUGAAUCAUUAUGUGGAUCAAAUCGAAAUGAAGCUAUUCGUGGUCAAACAUCAUUUGGAUCAGUAUUUGAACGAUACGGAUUAGGUGUUGCUUAUCCAUCAUGGGCAAAUCCUAAACCAGAAUCUCGUAGAUUCUUUUCUGGCGGUUAUACUAUACAGAAGUAUUCGCCAAGAAUUAAUGCAAUUCAAAUAGAAUUAUCUCGUGAUAUUCGCACUGGGAAAAAUAAACUAAUGAAUGCACAGAAUGUUGCACGUGCUAUAGUUGAAUAUAUGAAAAAAAACAAUUUACUAAUAAUCAAAUAA